GUGUGUGUGAGAGAGAGAGAGAGUCUCUCCAAGCAACGACCUGCGAACGGGCAUCCGAGCCAGUCUGAGCUAAAAAAACAGGAACCACAUUAAUUUCGAGUGUCUUUGCAAUGUUCCCGACGAUAUUUCUACAUCGUUUGCUUUGAUCUCGUCAAACUUAACGUCUCCACAGACGUCGGCUUCACAAACGAAAGAAGAAAUUAAUGCAUCUCGCUCCGCUUUCCUGUUUGUUUUGACCUGUGCAGCUAGAAGGGAAUCCUGUUCGAGGGAUUAGCGGUCUGUCAAUGAGGAACUACCGGCUCAUCUUCUGCCACAACCUGAAGCAGCCAUAGAUGGUUCAGUGGUUCACUGGUCAGGGGAGGAGAGGCUAGAACACACUUUCACUGCUACACGACGUGAGGUCUUGGCGGGGUUGUGGUAAGGAGGAGGAGCAGGAGGCCAUGAGGAAGAGCGUGUCUCCGUUGCCAGGCAACGAGGGCGGGAGCUCAGCCAGCACCACACGGGUUUUUGGUGUUCCUCUGGAGGAUGUGACACACACACACACAAUCAGCGGCCAUGAGGUUCCUGCACUAGUUAAAGAUAUUGUCGACUACAUUGAGGAGCACGGUCACCUGGACUUGGAGGGGCUCUUCCUGGUUAAUGGCAAUGCAGAGCGAGUGGAUUGGUUGCGUCAGCGCUAUGACAGCGGCGAAGAGGUGGAGCUAGAGAAGGAGGCCGAUCUGGCGUCAGCGGUCAGUUUGCUCCGACUGUUCCUGCAGGAGCUUCCUGAGCCCGUUAUCCCAACGGCUAUACAAGGACACAUACUACAGCUUUAUCAAGAUUACGACAACGAAGAAGAGCUGUGUAGAAAUUUGAAGUAUCUGCUUCAGCAGCUUCCCCAGUUGAAUUACGGUCUGUUGCGUUUCCUGUGCCGUUUCCUGGCCAGCGUGGCAUCACUUCAGCAGAAGAGCUGGAACGUCGGGGCACUAGCUGCCGUCUUCGGACCAGACAUUUUCCAUCUGUCAACAGAAGGAGAGGACCUUCGGGACCAGGAGUCUGUCAGCAGAGUCCUGGCUGAGCUGCUGGACAAUCAGGAGGGCCUGUUUGACUCAGAGGACGACGACGUCUCCACCACCAACGACUACAGCUCCAUCAAUGAACAGAUCACAGAGCUGUUGGAUGAUGAGAAGUGUGAGGCAGAAUGUGAAGAGUUGCCUCAGGACGGGGAGGACGGGCCUGCCACCUCCGACUCACCGCAGCGCACGCACGCUAACGACGACCCCGCAGCCAGCUCCCACCUCUCCCCUAUAUCCAUCCUGCCUGCUGACUCUGCUGAUAUUAUUCAGCGGACCAUCAGGGCUGCAGUGGAGCAGCACUUCUUUGAUCUGAAAACCUCCAUCGACCAAGACCUCAGCGGCUACGGCAACCAGGGGGAGAGUCCCAGUGAGCCUGCAGACCAGGGCUGUGAUGGAGACGAGGAGCAACAGACUGACCCUGAAGACAGUCCCUGCGACACAGAAGGGGAGACCCCACUCACACAGCCUGAUCAGCACAUCCAACAAAAUCAGCGAGACGCGCAGAAUUCACUGGACUCUGUCCCCGCCCUGGAGGAGAGCUCAGGAAUGGACCUGGAUGCAGAGUCUGUCACAGAUGCAAAGAACAACUUAAACACUGCCAGGCAGGACAGUCAGCCCCUUGUGACGAUGGAACAGGUAGUCACCAUAACCUGUGACUCCAGUUCAUGUUGCUGUGAUCACAACGCCAACACCAGUGAGACCAACAGGAACCACCUGUCGCCAUGCCAACCAGACUCCUCCCACCUCCAGCUUUUUCCUGACAACCAAUGGGAAGCGUCACCCCCCUCCCAUCUCCACCUCCCCCCCAUCGACUUCUCAUCGAUGCAUCUGCAAAAGGAAGGCCAAGAUCCUGUUCCAGCUUUUAAAUCCUGGCAUGAUGACAAUGAGCAUGGAGAGGCGCAGCUCUCCCCGCUGGCCGGCCGCAUGGUUCCUCUCCCUCCGCUCCCCCUGGAGGAAGGUGGUGAAGAGGAACAGGGGGAGGGAGGGCAAGAUGACUCCCCUUCCUCUUCCCGCUCCCACCCUCACCUGCUGGCACGACGCUUUCUCGAUUUUGGAGUGCAUGGUGCCCAGCGAUUCCUCCAGCAGGAUCUCGAUGCCACUUCACCCACCAAAGUACAGAGGCCAAGGCGAGCAUCAUUUGGUUCCAAAGAGGCAAUGAGAGGAGGAGAUUCGGUGACUCACCAACUCACCAAAAAGCUUCAGCAUCUGAAGAAGAAAAUCAAACAGUUUGAAGAGCAAUUUGAGAAGGAGAGGAACUACAAGCCUUCUCAUGCAGACAAGGCAGCUAAUCCCAAAGUCCUCAAAUGGAUGACUGACCUGACCAAGAUCCGCAGGCAGAUUAAAGGACGCCAGCACCACCUUUUACCCAGAAGCACGUUGAGGCACCAGGCUUUGAUCCAUUCACACAGAUGCCACCAUGCUCCCUCCUCCCCUUCCUCCUCCUCCUCCUCCUCCUCUAUCUGCUCACCCCCCCAUCACAUACUCACCCCCCCGCUCCACCCCUACUCAGGCCUACUCAGCUCUAGACCGUUUCACCUCAAUGCCAAACACCGUGCAGAGACCGAGCUCGGCCCUCAGACUCGGCCCCGGAGCAACACCUUGCCCAAGAGCUUCGGCUCCACACUGGAUCAAGGUGCUCAUGAUGCAGCAGGGGAGGUCAAGGGCCUGCGGCCUACCAGGGAGGAAACACUGGAGCUGAUCCAGCGCAGGGUCAAAGGGAAGAGGCAGGAGGACGGCUGGCCCGAUGACAUCAAGAAGAUGACCAAGGAGCAGUUAUCCUGUGAGAAGACUGUCCUGCAGAAGAAUCUGCUGCACUACGAAGGGCUGCAUGGUCGACCAGUGACUAGAGAGGAGCGUCUCGUAGUGAAACCUCUGUACGAUCGCUACAGACUGGUCAAACAAAUGCUCACCAGAGUCAGCAUUACACCUGUUGCAGUAUCACCUUCUAGUAAGAGGCGGAGUCAGAUCCUCCAGCCAAUCAUUGAGGGUGAAACUGCUCACUUCUGGGAGGAAAUCAAAGAAGAGGAGGAGGAGCAAGAGCAGAAAGGUGGGGGAGAAGAGGAGAGGGAUGAGGAGGAAGAAGAAGAGGAAGAGGAGGAAGAGGAGGAGGAGGGAGAGAGCAGCGGCGGAGAGAUGCAGAGCCCCGAGGUCAUCAUGGCCAUCGACCCAGUGACCCCGAGUGACGGGCCCGUGAGGAGCCAGAACCAGCCCGACAGACAGAGCGACUGUUCAAUGAGAGAAAAGAUGGAGGAGGGGUCGGGGAGGCUGGCGCUGGACCUGCGUCUGUCCAGCUCAAACGCCUCGUCCAUGCCAGAGCUGCUGGAACAACUGUGGAAGGCCAGAGCAGAGAAGAAGAAACUGAGAAAGACCAUCCGAGAGUUUGAGGAAGAUUUCUAUCAGCAUAAUGGAAGAAAUGUUCAGAAGGAGGACCGGGUACCGAUGCUGGAGGAGUACAGAGAGUACAAGAGGAUCAAGGCCAAACUCCGCCUGUUGGAGGUCCUCAUCAGCAAGCAGGAUUCCUCCAAAUCCAUCUAGACCCCCCACCCCCCCUCAAAUAUCCGCUAUUCCCGCACACGUCAUCAGCUGUCAUCACUGCAGCGAGGCCACGCCCAGGAUGUCCAUCAGUCACUCAUUGCGCCUGGGAGGGUUUAACUGGACUGCAGCCAACAGUCAUAUACACGUCACAUGACCUCCUCUUGGUAUGCUGCAGCCACGUCAUGGGGAAACCAAGCUAGCUCUGACCGCUUUUAUUUAAACAACAAAUAAAGUGCCACUGAAACUGUAAAUGCCACAUAUUGGUUGUAGUUACAGAUCUUCAGAAUUUCCAUUUUCUUAGCAAAGUUACAUAAGGCGUCACAGAUAUUAAAAUGGCAUGAAAAAUUCCAAAUAUUCCAAAGGGAGAAGUCAUCAAGAGAAACAAAUCAAUGACUCUGCCACAUAUCAAGCAGAAGAAUAUUCUAGGAAGCUUUCAAAAGGCAAAGACAUCACAGAUGCUUUUUAAACUUGUUAUUGAUCCAAUUUGCCAAACGUGUGCAAGUCAUUGAGGACAAACACCACUUUUGAUUAUCGAGUAUUUAAAGCCGGUUUUUGUCAGAAUUUAAUGUGUGGCCAAAUUGAGGUCCUUUGCCAAAUAUCUCCAACCCCAGUUUUAUUUAAGCAUUUUAAAGUAAAGUUAAACGCGCAUUAUUACGACUGUUUUCCCCUGAUGUGAAUGCAGCACGGCCGCUGGUCAGACUCAAAACAACUCCCAUCAGCCACAGCUGAUCCCUGCUGCCUCCGUCUGACUGCGUAUCAUCUGAAAACAACAGCAUCUUAAAAACACAAAGAAAAACUACUCGCUGUGUUUGUCGUCAUCGUUGUCGUCACCAUCAUCAUCAUCACCAUCAUCAUCUCACCAACUUGAAUCAAGACUUUGCACUCGUCUCUCACGCUCUGGUUUUCUGACCAGGAAGAAAAAAGGCAAAAACAUUCAGACUUUUUGAUUUCAGGAACUUAUUUUUUGUUGAUCUUUGUGUUUCUGAGGAAUCUCAUCGGACAGCUCGAGGACUGGCUUUUUAGACUUUCUUCAUUCAUCCCACUUCUGAUUCAUCUGGAAACUCCUCCCACUGUGGUUCAACCUCUCUCCGUCGAUGCAAAGUGGUCAUUUUAAUAAUAAUAAUUUAACAUCCUCGGAUCCUUCAGACUGAUUUUAAAACGUUCAUCCACAAUAUUUCAAAACAAGUUUGUUUUAAAAAGAGUUACACAGUACAUGUUGUGUUCCAACAAGUAUUAAUUAUUUUCUGUCCUUAGAUGUUUUCUUUUACUUUUUUGUUUGUAUUUUAGAAGGUGGAAUACAUCAGAGGUGUUUGCACCUUUUUGUUUUUUCCUUCCCCUCCUGCAGAGGGGAACUCUGAGCUUAGUUUCGUGGGAGCAUCUCACUAAAAAGAAAAAACACCGCUUGAAGUCCUGUGUUUUUGAUUUUGACAGCUCCCAGGGCGUCAUUAAACAGAAGAUGCUCACAGGAAACUCACUUCUUCUCAGAUUAAUCUGAGAUGCAAAGGAUUGUUGUAGAACUCCUUGUUUGUCAGAUGUCUUCUGUUCAGUUUGCCACGUUGUAGUUCCUGAGGGAUUAUGGAUGAUAAGUACGUCUGUGUUGCUUCUUCAUCUGUGAAUCCAAAAGCACGUUGCCAGCGGGCAGUAGUAGUCUUGUGAUGAACCUUUGGAGGUUGUUGAUAUUUGAUUGAAGCUGAGCAGAGUGAGGGUUGUUUUUAACGAGUCGACGGUCUUCAGGUGUGUCUCUGUUCUCUGUCACAUCUGCAGUUUGAUUUCCUGCUGGCAGGUCAAAGUAGGACAGGUGAGGAGGAGAGAGUCUGAUUGGAGCUCUUCUUUUCUUGUUUCAGAUUAGAGUUGAGGUGUCAAGUGUGCUUUCAAAAGCGGGACAAAGAAGUCUCCGGCAGUCGCUGAAAUUUUGGUUUUAGCUGCAAGCUCAUCAGUCGACUGUUUGUCGUUUUUUCUCAGCACUCGCACGGUUAUUUGUGUUUGUUUCAGGCGCACAGGACGAAGCUGAUGUACACUCGGUUCAAAGUUGGCUGCAGUCCGUCAGUGGACGGCAAGAUGAAACGUUUUGAAAUCAAAGCUAUGAUUGAACUUAAAGUUGAACUUUUUUUUGUGUUUGUGAAGAUUUACGAGGAUGUGUGUGUGAGUUUGUCGGGACGGUAAAAGUUAAAAGGUUUGAUGUAAAAAGAUGUUAUUUGCACAGCAUUCACAGAAUGCAGCCCUUUUGUGUUUAUUAUUUUUUUCAUUUGUAUUUCUAGAAAUGAAGCACUACUUCUAUACAGAUAAAUAUAUACUGUACAUUUUUUAAAAAAAAAGAAAGAAAGAAACACCCGAAGGAAUGAAUGUCAAAAGAAAUGUUUAAAUUAUUUCAAACAUUAAGUUUGGCCCCCUUUGGUUUGUUAUUUGUGAUGCCCUGAUAAUGUGUGUGGGUUUUUUUUGUUUGUUUGCUUUUUUAUUAUUAUUAUUAUUAUUGAUGAUAAAUACCGCUGAUAGUAUCAUAACCAUUAUUUUGUGUGGUAGCGACAAUAAUAAUCUUUUUGUAUGUACUCACUAACCGUAAAACCAGCUGUAGACGUUAGUCUGGCACUGUGUGGCGAGACGCACAUGAACCUGCUCUGUUUUCUGAAUUACUUUGUCGUUUCUGUGUAAUAUAAGCUAAUAUAGAAGCUGUACUGUAGUGAGCUUGCAUGGCAAAUGAGAACAUAAUCAUAUGAUAAAAAAAAAGAUGUAUUGUUUCCAUUAUUUGUGCCAUGAAGAAGCAGCAAUAAGUUUAUGUGGAGGUUUUUAAACAAAAAAAAAAACAUCUUGGGUUCGAUCGAUGCCGUGCGAACAUUUGCGGUACGAUGUUUUCGGGGUUGGAUGGUGUGUUUUUACCUCUGCCUCAUGUCGGCACUGCUGAAAACCAACGUAUCAAUAAGUCUGUGAAAUUAACAGGGAUUGAAAAGCCAAUGACAGAUGAAUCAUCUGAAAACAUUCCAGUUUUUAUCAUCACCCAGAAAGUGAAGAAAAACGGUCCACCGUCAAAUCUCUGAAGGGCUUUUAUUUCUGUCGACUUGUUUUUCAUUGUGCCUGCAGCAGAGCGGUAAAACUCACAAACUGUAAGUGUAUUCUGUUGGUGUACAGUAUGCUUCAUCUCACAGUUACCCGUCUGAUGUGCAUGGUUGUUUCACACGCCAGGAAUUCACAGCAUAAGUCUUCUUCAAAGAUGUCUCUUAGGUCCUCCUGGAAAUAUUUUAGAGAUCAGAAGACAUAUUUUUACUAACUUAAAGGGAUUUAAAUAAAAGAGAUGCCUUGAAAUUGGUUUAAAAGAUAGAAAUUCUGUUUUUUGCUUUAACCGCAACCAGUCUGAAGGCAAAAGAAAAAGAGAGAGAAGCCUCAGGACAUCUUUGAGACUGAAUUUUGCGUCAAAUUCCUUCGACCACAGAGGAUUUCAGGAGGGAUGUGCUGCAGGCCGCACCCUCCUGCUUCCUCCAGUCGACCUACACGUGACGCUGUUUUUACACAUCAAUAUAUCGUAUGUUAUCUAUAACUGUUUUCUUACUUUGUGAAUGCUUUUUCAGUUGUUUCUUCAUUGACAAAAAUGAGAAAAUUCAAUCAGUAACAAACAUUUACACAUGAAAAUAAAAUUUACAAGCUUGCCA